AUGACUAUCCCUUCGCAACCAAGCGCCAUUGAUGCAGAAGUCCAAGAGGCUCAGAAAUACCUGAAGGGGCUGAUCCAAAAGGGACAAGGAGGCUAUGCGCCUGCCUUCUCGUCAAUUCCGGUCAUCGACCUUGGCCCGUUAACGCAUGGCUCCCCCGUGGACAAACAGAGAGUCGCACGGGAGAUGAAUGAGGCCUGUACAACCAGUGGCUUCUUUUAUAUCAAGAAUCACGGAAUCAGUGCAGACCAAUGUGAUGAGGCGUUGAAUCAAGCGAAAAGAUUCUUCAAGGAACUCCCUUUCGAGAAAAAGAAAGAGAUUCACUAUCAAAAUUCAAAAUUCUUCCGCGGUUGGCGACCAUCGGCCGACAUUCUCAAGCGGUCACAUCCCGAUAGCGCGCAGGCCUUAGGCGUAAAGGGGGUUGGAGAUUACAAAGAAGCCUUCAACUGGGCAUAUCAAUCUGAUUUUGACCCUACCGGUGGCGAUGGGAAGUAUGUGGAGCUUGAUGGCUCUCGGUCAGUUGGGAACCUCUGGCCAAGGGAGGAGGAUCUUCCCGGCUUCUUAGACGGAGUGAAAGGGUUCUACGGCCAGGCUUUGCAGUUGUCUCGUCGAUUGAUUCAGCUCUUUGCACUGUCCCUUGCUCUUCCAGAAACCACUUUCGAUCACCUAGUCACUCACCCGGGAGGAGUGGCCCGUCUGCUGUACUACCCUCCCACGGACAAGGUCGAAAACUUGGUCGGUAUUGGAGCGCAUUCAGACUUUGAGCUUUUCACGCUUUUACUACAAUCGGAUGUCAGUGGGCUGGAGGUCCUGUCUCCUGACGGAAAAUGGGUGGCCGCAGACCCUUUACCAGGAACGAUUGUGGUCAAUGUGGGGGAUUUUAUGAUGCGAAUGACGAAUGGUUUAUACAAGAGUACCAUCCACCGAGUUGUCAACUGCACCGGAAAGGAGCGAUACAGCGUCCCAUUCUUCUUCUCUUUCAACUACGAUGAGAUCGUUGAAACCAUUCCGAGUUGCAUUCCGGAAGGAGAGCAGCCCAAGUACAAAUCUAUUAACGCAGGAAGUUAUAUAUUAGAACGUCUUCGACUUGCUCUCAAGGAUAAUGAAUGA